AUGGCUGCGCACGAGACAGCACUAUUCGCUCAGUUCUCCAGGCUGUGUGCCGAGAGGGGUCUAUUGCAGGGCUGUGAUGAUGUGAAAGAGGGGGAUCGCCCGGAUGGGGUCGCCGACGAGACAACUCUGCGGCGCUUUCUGCAGGCCAGACGAAUGGACCUCUCGAGCGCCCUCUGCCAGUUUGAAGAAGCAACCCAAUUCCGCCGUGAGAAGGACGCGCUCCGCGUAUAUGACCGGAUCAGUGUUGAUGAUUUUGAAGAUACUCGCAAACUGUAUCCGCACUGGACGGGUCGUCGAGGCAACCAGGGAUUGCCCAUCGUAAUGCUUGAAACAGUCCAUCUGGACCAAAAGGCGAUCGCGCACUGGCGUCAGACACGAGAGCUGUCGGGUCAGAGCAGUUCACCCGACGUGGCGCAGCGAGCUCUCGCGCACUUCGAUUAUCUGACUCGGUUUGUCUUUCCGCUAUGUUCCGCAUUGCGAGAUCGAUCACUGCCAUCGCAGCCGGUCACCAAGGCGAUCUACCUGGUCGACGGAUCGUCUCUCUGUCUGCGCCAGGCCUGGAAUCUCCGAGAUUUUUCACAGGAAAUUAGCGGGAUCUUAGCCACUUGCUAUCCAGAGACAAUCGAUCGGAUAUUCCUCUGCAAUCCUCCGUCGUACUUCGCCAAGAUCUGCAAUAUCCUGAAGAAGUUCAUCGACCCGGUGACUGCGGAGAAGAUUGUCCCGUUAGACUCAGCGGAUGUCUAUGGCACCCUCAACAAGUACAUCCAUCAUGACGAUAUUCCCGUCCAGUUUGGGGGCGCAUUCGAGUAUACACACGGGAUGCUGCCAAACUUGUGUCCCGUUACUCGUCAAACGUUACGCUGGUCCCCUCGAUUCAAUGGGACGUUGCCUGCAGGCCCAAUCAAGUGGACAGAGCAUGCUCGUGGCCAGAUAAAAGCAGUGGCUACUGGAACGGUUGAUGGGGUAGAGAGGGGAUUGGAGGUUGCCACGUUGGACAUUGAGGAAGAGAAAUGA